GCGUUAUUCUUCACCUAACGUUAUACUUCAUCUAACACAACGUUAUAUUUAACAAAAAUCAACAAAUAAAAACUAUAAAAAGACACGAGAUUUAUGGAAGAAGAUUAGAUCCAGAGGAAUAGGCAAGUGGGUAAGAACGAGAAUAGCUGUUCUUCUUCUUCUUCUUCAUUGUCAUCUCAAAGUCAGCCCGAAAGUUACUUCUCAUCCUAUAAAUUUCAACUCUUCUUCUCCAUUUUCAUAAUCAUAUCGCUUCUUGUCUCUUCUUAAUUUUUUCUUCUCCGAAUCCUUUUCGGACAAGAUCUACCACGGGUAAACAAUUGUCUGAAAGAAACAAAGACAAACACCAAGUAGAAGAACAAGAUCUGCUCUGUUUGUUUCCUCUGUCUUAAACAGAAAAAAAGUCAACACUGCUCUCCACGACGUCGUUUUAGCAAAUCGGAGAAAUGGCCGGAGGGUUCGUCAGUCAAACGCCGGGAGUUCGAAACUAUAACUACAAACUCACACCGAAAGUGUUCGUAACAUGUUUCAUCGGUGCUUUUGGUGGUCUCAUCUUCGGAUACGAUCUCGGAAUCUCAGGAGGGGUAACCCAAAUGGAGCCAUUCUUGGAAGAGUUUUUCCCUUACGUGCACAAGAAGAUGAAGAACGCACACGAGAACGAGUACUGUCGUUUUGAUAGUCAGCUUCUCACUCUCUUUACUUCGUCUCUCUAUUUAGCGGCUCUGGUCUCUUCCUUGUUCGCCUCAACGAUAACCCGAGCCUUCGGAAGGAAAUGGUCCAUGUUCCUCGGUGGUCUCACCUUCUUCAUCGGUUCUGCUUUCAACGGCUUUGCUCAAAACAUCGCCAUGCUUCUCAUCGGUCGUAUCUUGCUCGGUUUCGGAGUCGGAUUCGCUAAUCAAUCUGUUCCGGUUUAUCUGUCGGAAAUGGCUCCUCCGAAUCUAAGAGGAGCGUUCAACAAUGGGUUUCAAGUAGCGAUUAUAUUCGGUAUCGUUGUUGCAACGAUCAUCAACUACUUCACCGCGCAGAUCAAAGGCAACAUGGGAUGGAGAAUCUCGCUAGGGCUAGCUUGUGUCCCUGCAAUGAUGAUCAUGAUCGGAGCUCUUGUCCUUCCCGACACACCCAACUCUCUCAUCGAACGUGGCUUCACCGAAGAUGCCAAGAAAAUGCUUCAAUCUAUCCGAGGAACGAGUGAAGUCGAUGAAGAGUUUCAAGAUCUCAUCGAUGCGAGUGAGGAGUCUAAGCAAGUGAAACACCCGUGGAAGAAUAUCAUGCUUCCUCGUUACAGACCACAGUUGAUCAUGACAUGCUUCAUUCCUUUCUUCCAACAGCUUACCGGAAUCAAUGUCAUUACAUUUUAUGCGCCGGUUCUGUUUCAGACAUUAGGGUUUGGUAGCAAAGCCUCGCUCUUAUCGGCUAUGGUAACGGGGAUCAUCGAGCUCUUGUGUACCUUUGUCUCUGUUUUCACAGUGGAUAGGUUUGGAAGAAGAGUCUUGUUCCUCCAGGGAGGAAUUCAGAUGCUUAUCUCUCAGAUCGCUAUUGGAGUCAUGAUUGGAGUCAAAUUCGGAACGGUUGGGACAGGGAACAUAGGGAAAACAGAUGCUAAUCUGAUCGUGGCGCUGAUCUGCAUCUAUGUGGCGGGUUUCGCCUGGUCAUGGGGACCGUUGGGAUGGCUGGUACCUAGUGAGAUAUCUCCACUAGAGAUCCGAUCAGCAGCUCAAGCUAUAAACGUAGCGGUCAACAUGUUCUUCACGUUCCUUGUAGCUCAGCUCUUCCUGACAAUGCUCUGUCACAUGAAGUUUGGACUAUUCUUCUUCUUUGCGGUGUUUGUCUUCAUAAUGACGAUAUUUAUCUACUUGAUGUUGCCUGAGACGAAGAAUGUACCCAUUGAAGAGAUGAACAGAGUGUGGAAGGCACACUGGUUCUGGGGAAGGUUUAUUCCUGAUGAAGCUGUUGGUGUUAGUGCUGCUGAGAUGCAGCAAAAGUCUGUAUGAUGAUGAGUAAUGUUUUAUUUGAGCAAAAAGACUUGUGAGAAAAUUUAAAAAGAAAAUGCCAAAAUAUGUUUAUUCCUGAAAGAAAGCUUCUCUGCUUUUUGAUGCAUAGACUUAGUUUGAUA